GCAUGCAGCGAAGAUCGAAGAGCACUUUCGCUGUCAUCUACCGGUUUCCUUCCCGGCACAAAGAGCUCGACAGCUGAAGCCACAGUUCCAAUCUGAGACAUGGGUCUACUGGGCCCGGUGGAGGCAGGAUGCGCCCGGGAAUGCUGCACAGCUCAUAAAGGCGUACUUGCAUGAGGUUGCAGUCCAGGCGACCAGGGACUCCACCAGCUGCAUUGUACAGCGCCUGCGCCAGCUUACCGGCGGUCCAAAGCGAAAGCAGCGGGGAGCCAUGCCACUUCCAGCCGUUGAGUUGAAGACCGGCCAACUUGCCGCGACGCACGCAGAGGCGAAAGAGAGGUGGAUCGAGCACUUUGCUGCAAUAGAGGACGGUGGGAAGGAGGACCCGACCGAAUUCGUCCAUGCGUGCUACAAGCGACAGGCUGCAAAGGACCUGUCUUGCCAUGUUCUGGACGUACAGGAUAUUCCCUGCCGCACCGAGCUCGAAGCAGCGUUGAGGGCCGCCAGCACAGACAGAGCCUAUGGACUUGACGACAUACCCGGAGAAGUCCUCCGGUUCGGGGCGCCGGAGCUCUCUCGCGGCGUAUACGCACUCCUCCUCAAAUCGGUGUUUAGACUCACCGAGCCCGUGCAACACAAGGGUGGUACUUUGUACUGCAUUUGGAAGGGCAAAGGCAGGUGUUCCGGACCACUUGCAUCUGCCGCGGUGCCGCUUCAGGGUACCAUGCACGACCUCCGCGCCUUCUUGGGGGGUGACCCAUUGUUGGCCUCGGCUGGUUCCAGCGCAUGGGCGUCCGGAGCUGUUAAUGAGUCGCUCUAUGACACAUGGUUCCGUCUUCCGCAGGAGGAUGACCUGAUCGUCACCCAUACCGGCUCCCGACCGGGGGAUUCCCUGUCCGAUCUUGUGUUUUCAUUUUUGUUCUCCAGAGUGCUGCGCCGGGUUAGAGAUGCUCUCACGCAGGCAGGGGCCCUCGCACGAGUUCCGUGGAACCCUGCGAUGGAAUACAACAUCGAGCCUACGGUAGCAGUGAGGGGAACCUCCUUGGGUGUUUCUGACGCCACGUGGAUGGACGAUCUUGCCAUGUUUUUCACUAGUCCGGAUGCGUUUUCUCUCCUGCGAGAUCUCAAGUUUGGGGCGUCCGCCCUGAUUGACUCCUGCCUGCAGCGUGCCUUGGUACCGAACCUUUCUCGUGGCAAGACAGAGGCCAUUGUGCAUCUCAGUGGGGCAGGCGCACAGAAGGUUCGGACAAGCAUUUUUGGCGAUGAUGGUGGACACGUCCCCCUCAGCUGCAGCUUAUGGGCUGAGGCUAGACUCCGGGCUGUCCCUGUCUACAAGCACUUAGGCGGGUACCUGCAGCACAAUGGAGGCCUGAAACAAGAAAUCUCUUAUCGGCUGUCACAGGCCUGGGAUGCCUUCAACAAGAGGAAGAAAAGGCUCUUCCAGUCCCCACUUGUUUCGAGUGAGGACAAGUCGAUUUUCUUUACGAGCCUCAUUUCGACUGUCAUGUUUCAUGGUGCGGGAACGUGGACGCAGAUUAUGGAGAGGCAUUGUGCGUCUCUCGAUGCAGCAUUAAGGCAAAUGGCGUGUCAAAUGUUGCACCCGCGUAUCAGUGUGACUGAUGCGUGGCACAUGGGUGCUUCACAGGCACUAGCGCUGGCAGGGGUUCCGCAUGCGGCCACGUACUUGCACGUUGCGAGACUCCGACACUUGCUUGCUUGUAUGCAGCUGAAAGUGCCGGAAAUCUGGGCACUGGCACAUUGGGAGCAACACUGGCUUGAGGCUGUUCGCGGCUCUGUCCGCUGGCUGUGGAGUUUAGUAGAUGCUGGGCGUUAUCAUACAGACGAUAGAAGCGCGUGGGGGGUGUGGCAGACCGAAUGCCAGGAGCAUCCUGGCAAGUGGAAGGCGAAGCUCCGCCGUGCCCUUGCGAAGGCACUACAGAGAGAGCGUUGGGAAGCAACCCUGGAGCAACAUGCCGGACUGAUCACCAGACAGUUGAAGUUCGGAGGAGCCGUGAUGCCACAGUGCUUUGGGGCUGCAGUUCCGCAGAAGGAGGUCUGUGCGUGCUGUGGGAUUGUUUUCAAGGACUUCAGGGCGUGGUCAGUGCAUGCCUUCAAGAGACAUGGGCGUACUGACGAGGUCCGAUCGCUCGUAGAAGGCCUCCAGUGUCCACAAUGUUUGCGACACUUUGCCACACAUGUGCGGCUGUGCCGACACUUGCGACACUCCGCCACUUGCCGGCGCCCCCUGCUCAGCAACAGCCACCGCAAUGCGCCGGUUCCCGGCAUUGGCAGCCGAAAAGCCCCUAAGGAGCAUCUCUUCUGUGCCCCCACUCUCCAAGCAGCAGGACCCAAGACUUUCGUCAUUGGAGAUCCUGUUGAAGAUGAAGUUGAUCGGCCAGCGGCCGAGGUCCUUGAUUGUCUUGACCUCUUGGACUUUGAUGGUCUUGGAACACAUUUCGAUCCUGAUACAAUUUGGAAUCGCAUUCGACAGGCCUUCUCAUGUGUUUGCCUGCCAGUGAGGCGCCUCCAAGUCACUGCACAAGUUUGGAUGGAGCGUUUACAACGGGAUGAGGGACUAGGAGACGACAAUCUGCGACUCAAGGCGUUUCUUGAGAAGGCCGCCAAUUGGGUGGUGCACGCCGAUUUUGCCGAGUGGCUCGUUCCGGCACCAGACGAGCGUCGGGAGUUGGAGUUCUUUACGGCCGAGGUGCAAGAAUGUGGAUUCUUCUUGAGCACUUGUGGCCUGCCCGUCCCCUUUGUCGAGCUGUUUGCAAAGCAUCAAGACGUGGUCAAGCGGCUGACCGAUCGCACCUCUGCAUUGCUGCGCACUCUGUUGGAUGGUCUCGUGUGGAGAUCCCAGCGUACAGAAGCCAACGGCACGUUACGGCGGGUAAACUACUUCGUGAAGUAUGUGCUCGAAGAUGCGAAGGGCAAGUUCUCUCCAUCUCUGAAAAACAUCUCCGCGUCUGGAGAUCCCAGUAUCGUCUCCCAUCCCCUCGUCAGCGUCGUCGUCGAACUUCUCUGGGCAGGUGUGGUGCGCCGUCAGUUCAUGGUGUCCCGUAUAUGGAACAUCCUGAACCUCAUUAUCUUCGUGAUGGGACAGGAGAUCACCCCGUCGAUGAUCCGAAACAACGGCCCCUCAAACGAGCUCUACAGCCUGCUGUUCUUCUUUCGAAUGUUCAGCUACAUCGUCGGAAUGGGUAGGCUGCUGAUGCUGCAGCUCCACCGCGUUUGGAUCUGGUCCCGAGACACCAUGCGCCGCAUCAUUGCAGACAUCGACACGGAUGGCAACGGAGAGAUCGACUACGAGGAGAUGAAGGAGGCGUUGUCGCGCUUCAAAGACACUGUGAAAGGGGAGAUCCGAAAGGCUCUGAAAGUGCUGCGCAACGACGAGGACCUCGAGGAAAUGAACUCAGACAAGAAAGACCUGGCGAACCAGGGUGCCUGGAAGAAGUGCGACAGAUCCAAGUGUUUCGCGCUCCGGCAUGGCAGAACCGAACGACCAUGCUUCACGGGCAAGCUGGAUAUCUUCGUGGCUGGUGGUUAUGACUACGAGCGCUUUAUCUUUCACCAACAUGCUCUACGAUUGGGGGUUGACGAUGCUCUGGAGUGUUGCACUCAGGCGGAGUUCCGGGCAGCACUGUUCAAAUCGCAGAGGUGCAAUAAAGAACUUCCCUUAGUUGUCUUCCUUGGCAGCGAGACCUGGGUUGAGGACCUGAAAAAGUAUGACCUCAGCCAAAGGCCACCCUUUGUUGUGAACAUAGAUGCACGUGCGGUGAAAAAUCCAGACGCAUACAACGAGCACCUUCUCUCGUCAUGCACGAGGGAUGAGGUCGCAGCUUUGCUAAGCAGAGUUGUCGACUGCCGCAACCAAUCCGACAACCAAAGUGCCGGUGCCAGCGCAUCUUGA